AUGUCUACAUGGUGCUGGAUAGCCUUCAUAGGCUUACAGUCCCAAGUUCAAGGAGCAGAGAGGGAAGUGCAUCGCCACCAGUUGGAGAUCUCAGCCUCAGGGGCUUCAAUCGUACGGCGGGAGGCUGGCGGUGCAGCUGGAGAUGGAGGAGAUGUGCCACUGAAAGCAGAGACUUCAAUCGACACCUAUUAUGGAGGGGAUCGAGUGCUGGACGAUUGCACAGGCCUGAAGCAGACUUGGGCAUGCUCAGAUGUAAAUUCAACUGCUGCCCUGUGUGAGAGCUACAAGGCCUCCCAAGGAGGCAAUUUCUACCGCUGCUCCUGGAAGAUGCGGAAACCAAAAACUGAUGAUCAAGAAGAAGAACCGCCAGAGUGCUACUUAGAUCAGAAGGCCGGCGUGUGCAGUCGGCAGGGAGACAGCUCUGCAAAUGCGACGGGCCAAUAG